AGCGUGCGAGCCGUUUAUUUUGAACGUCCAUCCAGCCGUUGUGAAUUGUAUAAGUAUACAAUAUAUAUAUCAUUAGAUAUUAUAGAUGCUGGUUCUAUUUUGCGCCAAAAAGAAUCCAUCAGACUUCAGGUCGAAUCACUCGCUAGGGUUUUCAUUAAAUAAAAGUGCGGGCGGGAUAACCAUGAACAUGACAUGUUCAUACGUGAUCAUUAAACUAGGGUAAAGUCAGUUUGGAAUUAAGCAUAAUACAUAUAAUAUCUAUCGGGUCGUGCUGAUGGGUUGUCGGAUAUAGCGAAGGCGAUCAAGAUAUAUAAGGCUUGACGAGGCUACGCAUGUAUCCAUCAGCUGGGAGGAUUAUGAACAACUUGAUGGUUGAUGAGUAAAUGUAAUUGAUGACUGGCAGCUGUAUCAACGCUCCUGGUGUCAGCUUCUUCAUUCAGGCGAGGAGUUGCAAACGAGAUGGCACCUCUUCGCUGGAGCCGUUCUGACCUGCUGUGGGUCAUGGUUGUUGUUGUACUAGGAAUAAUAUGUGCUGGUGUUUGCUGUGAGGAUGUUGUUACGGACGUGAAUUCCAUAUUAACUGACGGCAUCUCGGAAACCACUCCGGAACAACAUACAUCACCCUCGAUAGAGAAUACAACUGAAGGAGGCCUUACGUCAGAAUUUAGCACAUUACCAGUGAACGGAACACCUAGUAGCGAAACAACAACUUCAGAAAAUUCGGGAAUCACCAAAAGUCAUGAAAACAAAAGUAAUAUUUCAGAAAUAUUGGAUACAACAAUAGAAACAACGACACAACAGAUUGGAGACAGUCAAGUAGUGGUACCAGGGAAAGACGUACCCGCUGAUAGUAAUACAAAUGAAAAUAAGCCAACGUACAUAAAGAACGCAGCAGGGCAGCACGGGCAAAAUAUAGUGGCAGCGGCGGGAUCACCCAAUCACCAUAAACAAGUUAGAAUAGUCCACGUUAUCCUGUUCACCAGCUGGCAAUUGAUUGUGGCCAUGAUCGGAUUAGAGGUUUUCGCCUACUGUGUCACCAUCUUUAUCAUCUUCGGCUUCGGAAGACGGAGGUCAAGGGCUAAAAGAUUUGGUCAUUUUUCUUGGAAGCGUCCCGGACCUCUACAGCUGGAGCAAGAAACUUCAUUUUCGACCGUCAUGCCGGCUCGCGAACACCAAAUCGGGGGAACUGAAGAACCUCUGAUGAGGCCGCCGGCGCCCCAUAAAGGCAUGAAGAAAAAACCUUCGGUUCGAGGACAUAGACCGUGACAAAACGAAACUCGACACUCAAUAUAAAAAACAAUGAUAACAUUUAUAUAUACUGUAAAUAAAAUAAUAAUAAUUCUUUUUUUUUAAUAUUUGCACACGUUCCAGGUGGCACUUUCCCGUUGGUUAUAAAAAUGUGAGUUUUAACGAAGCACACGUCAACGCUAACAUCUAUUUUAACGAAGCACACAUGCAUCUAAGUUAAAGUGCACUGCUUUGGAAAUUUAAUCAUUAUGGAUGGAAAUGAUAAACCCUUGCGAUGCUCCCACGAAACGUUAUGAAAAUAGUAUAAACAUACGUCUUUAGUGAGUUGUCAACAAUGUAAAAGGCCGCCAGCUCCAAGUAAGUGGAUAAUAUAGGAAUGCGUGACCGUCUCAAUCUUCUGUUUACUGUUGGCUGCCAUCAAAGAGACAGUUUUUAUACACUACCCAACAAAAAAUGCUACCACUAAUGUAGCCUGGACAUCUGACGUCACACUUCGAGGCUCGUGAAUAACGCCAGAGAGUGGC